GCCUCCCCUCAAAAAGCGCGUUUCCACGUUGCUUCCUUCCUUCCUUGUCCAUCUUCCCACCUUCUCCCCCGUCUCAUCUCCAUCACUCCCCUACCUUUAUCUUUUUCUUCUUUUCUUUUCCCUUCCCUUCACCUGUCUCUCGCUCCUCCUCUCCUCUUUUCAUGGUUUCUAUUAUUGUUAGCAUACUACAAUCACUAAAAUCAGCUUCAGCUACUCCCCAGCCCCACUAAAGCGCCAAAAAAAAAAGCAAAAAUGGCUGAGAACGGCGAAGAGAAGCUCAUCGCCAUGGCUCGCCACAUUGCCAAGACCCUUGGCCACAACGAGUCCACUGCGGAUGAUAUCCUCCAGAUCUUCUCCAAUUUCGAUGGCCGCUUUUCCCGCGAGAAUCUCUCCGACCACAUCGCCGCCGCUGUUCCAGGCACCGAUUCCAGGGCUCUCGACCACGCUAUCAAAUCCCUCGACCGCCAGAUCUCUCAGUACGUCGUCGCUGACCAGCCCAUCUGGUCCGACUCCGCCGACUCCGCCGCCUUCCUCGACACAAUCGACGAGCUCACCGCCACGAUUCGUGAUUGGACCCCGAUGGCCGCCGCUGACAAGGCCGUCGGCGCCUCCCUCGCACGCGCCGAGGACUUGAUUCAGCAGGCCGUCUUCCGCCUCGAGGACGAGUUCCGGAUGCUGAUGGAGCGCGGCGGGGAGUCCUUCGAGCUCAACCGACGUCGCCGCCGCGACGGCGAAUCCCCCGCUGGUAAUCAUUGGUUUGACUCCGACGAGGAGGAGGAUGAGGAUGAAGACGAGGAAGAGGAAGAAGUGGUUGUUCCUUCGGCUAACGGUGAGUACCACGACUAUAUACCAGUCGCGCAGCCGCUCACGGACUACGACGUUGUGAUCGAUGCGCUUCCCUCCGGAACGAUCAACGAUCUCCACGAGAUUGCUAAGCGGAUGGUGGCGGCCGGGUUCGGGAAGGAGUGCUCCCACGUUUACAGUAGCUGCCGUAGGGACUUCCUCGAAGAGAGCGUUUCUAGGUUAGGGUUACAGCAGAAGCUGAGCAGCGAGGAGGUCCAGAAGAUGCCGUGGCAAGAUCUGGAGGACGAGAUCGAGAAGUGGAUCAAAGCGGCGAAUGUCCUGCUUCGGAUCCUCUUCCCCAGCGAGCGCCGCCUCUGCGACCGCGUCUUCUUCGGCUUAUCCUCCGCCGCUGAUUUGUCCUUUAUGGAGGUAUGUCGUGGAUCGACGAUCCAGAUCUUGAACUUCGCCGACGCGGUGGCGAUCGGUAGCAGGUCGCCCGAGCGGCUGUUCAAGAUUCUGGAUUUGUUCGAGACGCUGAGGGAUUUGAUCCCCGAGUUUGAAUGCAAUUUCUCUGAUCAGUACUGCUUGGUUCUUAGAAACGAGGCAGUCGCCAUUUGGAAUAGGCUGAGGGAAGCUAUCAGGGGGAUGUUUAUGGAGUUAGAGAAUCUAAUCCGUCGAGACCCUGCUAAGGAUCCAGUCCCUGGUGGCGGGCUUCAUCCCAUCACGAGGUAUGUGAUGAACUAUCUGCUUGCUGCCUGUCGAUCCAGAGAGACACUGGAGCAGGUGUUUGAGGACAGUGUUAAUGGUGGGCUGGGAGCCAAGGAUUCCUCAGCAUCUCCAUUGUCAGUUCAGAUGGCGUGGAUUAUGGAGCUUCUAGAGAGCAAUCUAGAGCAGAAGGCCAAGAUCUAUGGCGACCCUGCAUUGUGCGCUGUGUUUAUGAUGAACAAUGAGAAGUACAUUGUGAAGAAGGUGAAGGACAUCGACCCGAAGAACAGCCAAUUGAGUGCCCUCUUAGGUGACGAUUGGAUUAGGAAACACACUGCUAAAGUCAAACAGUAUCAUUUGAACUACCAGAGAAGCUCCUGGAAUAAGAUUCUGGGAGUUUUGAAGGCCGAUAAUAGUAGCCCAGCGGCAACUGCAAAUGCUGGAGGAAAGCCUAUGUCUGCGAAGGAGAAGAUUAAGCUAUUCAACUCCCAGUUUGAGGAGGUUUAUAAAACUCAAUCUCAGUGGGUGGUCUUUGACGAACAACUGAGAAAGGAUAUAAGGACCUCGUUAACUAACCUUCUAUUGCCAGCUUAUGGGAAUUUUAUUGGGAGAUUCCAGAAUUCCCCUGAAGCGGGGAGAAAUGUGGACAAGUACAUCAAGUACAGCUUGGAAGAUGUCGAGUCUCGGAUUAAUCGGCUGUUCCAGGGAGGUAGUGGAUCUGCAGGAGGUGGGAGGAAGUGAGAACUCUCACAAAUGGUUAUGGCAAGUUAGUUAUUCCCCACAGCAAGUGUAAAGGAGAAUUGAUGCAGGAGGAGCACCACCAGUUGUUGGUAGCAGUGCACUACGUGGUGACUGGUGCGGUGAGUGAUGCAACGCUCUCGAUAGUCGAUAGUAGCUUCCUCGUCGCUUAAAGCGCACACAUGAUGCUGCCUCAUGAGUCCGUGAACAGGCAAGUUGGUCCAGAUGCUGUACAUGUGUGAAUAGAAAGGUGUCUGGAGGAUGAUCGAGGGUUUUGAGCCCAAGAGAAAGCUUCUUCUGUUGCACUUAUUAGUUCCUCCAAUUUUUGUACUCUGCUAGUCAAAUGUGGUCUGUUGAUUCAUGGAAGGAGAGCUAUUGCUUGGAAAAGUGAUGCAAUGACACAGGACAGGAUCUUGUUACCUCAUGGUGAUCUGGUUGCAUGGGCAGAGUUUUGCACGUUCAGUUCCCUGUUUUGUUCGAAUGAAGAAAGACGAUUAGUUGCAGUUUAAGGCUGUUGUGGGCAGUAACAUACUAAUAUGAAUAUCUUGCAUAUGUUCAAGAUAUAGCUUUAACAAACAGUUGGUAUCAAAUUCAAUUUAUUUGAAAAUGUGUAAAAUUCAUUAUCAAAUAAAUUCUUGUGUUUGGUAUGUCAAUCUUCAAAUAUUUAGAAAUGAAAUGAAUUAAAUUCUCAAA